AUGGCGUGGUCUGUGGUCCGGCCAGCUUUGGCCCACAAUAACCACCUCUCCUCCUCGGGGCCCGCUGUCGAAGCUCUCCUGCAGCGGUCCUCACGUGUACUGGAUCUUGUGCCUGUCGUCACUGCUCGCAACCGCCCGCUCUCCCACCGCUAUCAGCACCACUGGGUCGCGGCUCGCGCGCACAAGAAAGCCACCGCGCCCCCUCUGGCAAUUGCUAUCCGGAAGCAACAGCCGCUCCAGCUCGUCCGCCAUGCGUCCGUGCUGUCCAGCAUCCCGGCUCCGCCGCCUGCAGCUCCGGGCGCGAGCUACUCGACCGCGGUCGUCCCGCCCACUACUCCGUACUCCAAGCUGACUGUCGGUAUCCCUCGUGAGACCUUUCCCAACGAGAAGCGCGUUGCCAUCACUCCUCAAAACGUCGCCCUCCUGCUCAAGAAGGGCUUCUCUAAGGUCCUGGUCCAGCGCGGCGCUGGUGCCGAGGCUGAUUUCCUGGAUGAGGCCUACGACAAAGCCGGCGCCACCCUUGUCGAUGACGCUUCUCCCAUCUGGCAGCAGGCAGACAUUGUGCUCAAAGUCCGCGCUCCCUCCACCCCUGCCGAGACAGACAGCCUGCGUGAGGGCCAGACAGUCAUCAGCUUCCUCCAGCCCGCCCAGAACAAGCCCCUGGUUGAGAAGAUUGCCGCCAAGAAGGCUACUGCCUUUGCCAUGGACCUGAUCCCGCGCAUCAGCCGGGCGCAGGUCUUUGACGCGCUGAGCUCCAUGGCCAACAUUGCUGGUUACAAGGCGGUCCUCGAGGCUUCCAACAACUUUGGUCGAUUUCUAACUGGUCAGGUCACAGCUGCUGGCAAGAUCCCGCCCUGCAAGGUCCUCGUCAUCGGCGCAGGUGUCGCCGGACUGAGUGCUAUUGCGACAGCCAGGAGACUUGGCGCCAUCGUCCGGGGUUUUGACACGCGUUCGGCCGCUCGUGAACAGGUUCAGUCCCUUGGUGCUGAGUUCAUCGAGGUGGAGCUCGAAGAAGACGGCUCAGGCGCUGGCGGUUACGCCAAGGAAAUGUCCAAGGAAUUCAUCGAGGCCGAAAUGAAGCUCUUCACCGAACAGGCUCGCGAGGUUGACAUCAUAAUCACCACUGCUCUGAUCCCCGGCCGCCCAGCUCCGAAGCUCAUCACAAAGUCUAUGGUUGAAAUCAUGAAGCCUGGUUCAGUCGUCGUCGAUUUGGCGGCUGAGGCUGGCGGCAACUGUGAAAAGACCGUCCCUGGCGAGCUGACCACAUAUCACGACGUGAAAAUCAUCGGUUACACUGAUCUCCCGUCAAGGCUGCCCACGCAAUCGUCCACUCUGUAUUCCAACAACAUCGUCAAGUUCCUGCUGUCCAUGGCCCCUGCUGAGAAGGAGUUUGGCAUUGACCUCAACGAUGAGGUCGUCAGGGGUUCCAUUGUCACCCAGAAGGGCGAGAUUAUACCCCCGGCUCCACGUCCUGCUCCGCCACCCGCUCCGGCCGCCCCGUCUACAACAGCCGCGAGAGAGGAAGAAGUGGUCGCACUGACUCCGUUCCAAAAGACAUCCCGAGAGGUUGGCUUUGUGACAGGUGGCAUGGCUACUGCUUUAGCCCUAGGGAAACUGACAGGCCCAGCCUUCAUGAGCAAUGCCUUUACUUUUGGUCUGGCCGGCUUGAUCGGCUACCGCGUGAUCUGGGGAGUCGCUCCUGCUCUUCACUCUCCUCUAAUGUCUGUCACCAAUGCCAUCUCCGGAAUGGUUGGAGUUGGUGGUCUGUUCGUUCUGGGAGGAGGUUACCUCCCAGAGACCAUCCCCCAGGCUUUCGGCGCUGCAUCGGUCGUCCUCGCUUUUGUGAAUGUUUCGGGAGGCUUCGUCAUAACGAAGCGAAUGCUUGACAUGUUCAAACGACCAACAGACCCCCCUGAGUACCCUUGGCUCUAUGCAGUUCCCGCAGUGCUGUUUGGAGGGGGCUAUCUGGCUGCCGCAUCGACUGGAGCAGCUGGUCUCGUCCAGGCCGGGUACAUGGUCAGCUCUAUCCUGUGCAUCAGCAGUAUCUCUAGUCUCGCGUCGCAAACCACGGCCCGGAUGGGGAAUGCGCUUGGAAUCCUCGGAGUCGGAUCCGGUGUGCUUGCAUCCCUCCUUGCCGUAGGUUUCUCGCCCGAGGUUCUGACCCAAUUUGGUGUCCUUGCAACCGUUGGCAGCGUACUCGGCUUCUUGAUCGGCAAACGCAUCACUCCUACCGACCUUCCCCAGACCGUGGCUGCCCUCCACUCAGUGGUUGGAUUGGCAGCGGUCUUGACCUCUAUUGGCAGCGUUAUGGCAGAUCUAGACCACGUGUCGACACUGCAUUUAGUCACUGCCUACUUGGGUGUCCUGAUUGGUGGCAUCACUUUCACUGGAUCUAUCGUCGCAUUUAUGAAGCUCGCAGGGAGAAUGUCGUCACGACCUACAAUUCUUCCGGGUCGCCAUGUUAUCAACUCGGGACUUCUGGCAACUAAUAUCGGUACUAUGGGCGCUUUCGUGACAAUGGCACCCGGGUCGCCAAUGAUCGCCGCUGGCGCGCUAGCAGCGAACACCGCCCUGUCGUUUGUCAAGGGGUACACUACCACCGCUGCGAUUGGCGGUGCCGACAUGCCCGUGGUGAUCACUGUUCUCAACGCCUAUUCUGGUUUCGCUCUUGUAGCCGAGGGGUUCAUGCUCGAGAACCCGCUUCUGACGACCGUCGGCGCUCUUAUUGGCGUAUCUGGUUCCAUCCUGUCGUACAUCAUGUGUGUGGCCAUGAAUCGGUCUCUCACGAAUGUCCUGUUUGGCGGCAUCGCUGCACCUCAGCAGAGCGACUACAAGAUCGAAGGCAGCGUGACGCAGACCAACAUUGAAGACGUGUCGGAUGCGCUCGUCAACGCCGAGAACGUCAUCAUAGUAGUCGGUUACGGCAUGGCCGUUGCAAAAGCGCAGUACGCGAUAUCGGACAUGACCAAGAUGCUCCGAGCCAAGGGGGUCAACGUCCGCUUCGCUAUUCACCCUGUUGCUGGCCGGAUGCCUGGUCAGUGCAACGUGCUCCUCGCAGAGGCGAGUGUGCCAUACGAUAUCGUGCUCGAGAUGGACGAGAUCAACGAUGACUUUGGAGACACGGAUGUGACUUUGGUCAUCGGCGCCAACGAUACCGUGAACCCCAUCGCCUUGGAACCAAACAGCCCGAUCGCUGGCAUGCCGGUGCUGCACGCCUGGAAGAGCAAGCAGACGAUCGUCAUGAAGAGAGGAAUGGCGAGCGGCUACGCCGACGUACCCAACCCAAUGUUCUACAUGCCUGGUACACGCAUGUUGUUUGGUGAUGCAAGCAAGUCUACCAAUGCCCUGAAAGCUGCCAUCGAGGCCAAACUGUCGUAG